AUGACCUUCCCCCUCUUCAUCGCCGCCCUCGUCUACAUCCGCACGAAGAUCCUGCCCAAGUACUACGACGCCGCGGUGCUCGAGCUCCUCGACCCCCUCAUCGACCUCGCGCCCGACGACGCCGCGGACCGGUCCCAGCACCCGAGCACGCACAACCUCCUCGCGCUCGAGGCGGAGAUGCGCGCCAUCGAGGGCGAGGCGCGGGCCCUCGAGAGCGCGCGCGCGGCGGCCGCGCUCGCGAUCCGCGAGGCGCGCGCGGCGACGCCGCCCUUCGACGGCGACGACGACGCCAAGGCCAAGCACGACUCGCCCGCGCGCAAGCGCAGCAUCUCGGGCUCGGGCGACGACGCGGCGUAA